AUGAGCGAGCCCCGCAAAGAGCGCAGACGCACCUGGAUGGGUCGCUACUCCGUGUCCUCCAGGGACGGCGUCCUCCCGAGCCCCAUAGAGGGCAAGGAGCAGAACUACGACCGCACCCCGAGCUCGCCCAACCCGAGCGGCUCUGGGGGCGGCAGCGGCAGCAGCAGCGGCGGUGUGGGUGGGAUCCUGCCGUUCAAGAGGUCGAAUUCGGGCCAGUCCCUCGCCUCGCUCGUGUCCCCACGGCCCUCCACGCCGCUCACAGCCAAGAAGCGCUCUGGCUCGUCGACGUCGCUGUCCCAGGACGGUCACAACGGCGACCCAAAUCAGCAGUAUGCCGCAAACCCGCUCGAGCGCACCUUCUCAUCCGUUUCCACACAGUCCGCCUCCACCAUGGCCUACCACCCCGCGCCCUCGCUCAAGGCCCCCGACGCGCGCGGCUCCGGCUCCGGCUCCGGCUCCUUCUUGGGCACCAUGCUCUCCUCGCUUUCGCUCACGAGGAGCAACCAGGGAACGACCGAGGAGGAGCGCGGGCGGUCCACGAGGAAGGACAAGGACAAGGACAAGGACAAGUCCCGUGCGUCCUCCUACUCUGGGCAGCAGGUAGACCGCGACAGCUCCGGCUCGCGUGCGCGCAGCCAGUCCCCCUUCCGCCUCCGCCGCCUCCGGCGCGACCCCUCCCCCGCCGUCGAGGCCCUCACCCAGUCCGACGCCGAGUCCGACGCGGAGACGGCGCGCAUCCGGCCGCGCAACGCGUUCUCGUUCUCGUCCGUGUCCGACGACGAGUCGGGCGACGAGACGGAGGACGACAACUCGUCGGACGAGUCGUGGGACGAGGACGAGGCCGGCUUCGACGACAUCACCGAGCAGAACACCGAGGCGAACGCGCUCGUGCCUCCGACGAACGCCGUCGACCAGGACAUCCCAGACUACCUUGGCGAGGGCGUGAACGUGAUCAUGCCCCCAGAGCCAUACUUCCCGUCGACCCUGAAUGGGGCUCAAGGACGGAAUCCGCGGCGACGGAAGUCGAUGAAGCCGCAAGACACGCUCCCGUUGAACACGUCCCGUCCCCAGUUCCAGAGAGACCGCUGCAUCAUCUCCGUGACGCACGGCAGCCCGGAGGCCGUGCACAAGGAGACGGGCAAGCCAGGCAAGCGGUACGUCCUCGCGAGCGAUCUGAGUGAGGAGUCGCGGUAUGCGUUGGAGUGGGGGAUUGGCACGGUGUUGCGGGAUGGCGACGAGCUGGACUCACAGAUCCCUCCUAGCAUCAUUGUGACUGUGGUGGAGAACGAGAGCAAAGUCGACCCCGCGAUCCCCAAUCCUGCAGACCGUGCGACAAAGCUUCGUGCCCAACAGGAGCGUCAAGCUCUGGCGUACAUCCUCGUCCGCCAGGCGACGAGUCUCCUGCAGCGCACGCGGCUGAACGUCACCAUCCACUGUCAAGCGUGGCACGCGAAGAACUCGCGACAUAUGCUGCUCGACAUUGUGGACCACUAUGAGCCAGUCAUGCUCAUCGUCGGCUCGCGCGGUCUGGGCAACCUCAAAGGCAUCCUCCUCGGCUCCACCUCGCACUACCUCAUCCAGAAGUGCUCCGUGCCCGUGAUGGUCGCGCGCCGGCGGCUCAAGCGCCCCCCGCGGCGCGCCGCGCACCUCAAGGCGCACCGCGCGCGCGUCUCGCUCGCGCAGGCCGCCGUCGACCGCGUCGCGUCCAAGGUCGACCAGGACGUGGCGAAGAUGCGGAGCGAGAUCGCGCGCGACGACGAGCGCCGGAGCGACCGCGACACCGGAGGCCACACGGACGUCGAGGACGACGUCGACACCGAGGUCGAGGGCGACGGGCCGACCGAGGUCGAGGGCGAUGGGCCGCCCGCGGUCGAGGGUGAGAACUCACUCGGAGAGAAGAUUGGCCCUGCUUGA